UUUUAAUUGUGCCCAUGUUUUUUUUUGUGUCAACCUCUUUUGCCCCACUUUUUUCUUGCCCUUCAUUUACCCCAACUUCCUACUGCUGGUCAAGAACACGGUCUGGAAAGUACGUAAGAUUUACAUUUUUGCCCUUGUGCCCAUGUGUUUUUGUUUUGUUUUGUUUUGUUUUUUCUUUGUGUCAACUUCUGUUGCCCCACUUUUUUCUUGCCCUUUACUUACCCCAACUUCCCACUGCUGGUCAAGAAAAACAGAACACGGUCUUGAAAGUACAUAGGAUUUAAUUUGCCCUACGUAUGUUUGUUUUGUGUUUUUUUUGGCAACGUCUGUUAACCCACUUUUUUCUUGCCCUUUCCUAUCUCACCACCCAUCAUUACCCUCCCUGCUGAAUGUCUUGUGGUGAACUUGACCAAGAGCCACAUGAUAGACCGUGUCACUGAGGAAACCAAAGCGCCAAUGUUUUUUUGCGCAACUCCUUUUUCCUUGUUUACCGCCUUAUUUCUCAUGGGCCAACAAACAAACAAGCCACUGUUAGUAAAUCAUGGCCGUGAGUCGAGACGGUGCUUGUUAAGUGUGCAUGCACAGCGGAACUGGUAAAAAGUCUGUGUGUCUAGGUGGUGUCUAGGUUGUCACCAAUUGAGAUAGUAAAAAGCUUACGAUUACUUGGUUAACAUGGGGGGGGAUUAUAUAAACUUGGCAAAGACAAAUGAUCUUGGCAAAAGACAAAGACAUCCAUGAUUCAAUUGAGCACAUUCUAGGAAAACUGCAUGGCCGUACGUGGCUACAGACAGAUCAGGUGGUCAAGAUGCUCUCGGGUGUCAGUUUCAGAUUUAUGCCUUACUUCAUCUUUUUAUAGCGAUUUGAUAUUCCAGGAGAUAUUUGUCACGUCUCUGAAGGCCCCCCCGAAAUAAAUUGGUAGGUCUCCUGAAGAGGGGCUGGGUACUGAAGCUCAGUCUAGUUUUUGCCCUCCUGUCAUGUCAACGUGUGCGCUACUGCUGGUGUCUCAGGCAGCCUGUGGGCUCCCCAGCGAGUCUCCCCAGCCCCCACCUCAGCCAGACCUCUCCGAGCACUGCAUGCCGGCAGCAGGACACCGCCUGCUCAGUGCCGCUAGAGAAAGUAACACGCUUGGGGAAUGCAUUGAGCGCUUCCAGGCGGCCAACUACUGUGGUCAUUUUGGAGCUAGGGGAGGAGAUCUUUCCCAUUUUUUCGAGUCGUCUUUCAGGGGUGACAUCGUGGUGCAGGGCGCACCACCUGCGUUACAGAACAUGCCUGCGGCGGGCUUUGCCGAGCAGAGUCCAUUUUCGGGGCGAGAGGAGCACAGAGAUGGACAAGAUGAGAGUUUUGAUCGCACUUCUGGACUAAAUGCAGUGGAUCUGAGAAACUCUCUGGAUUUGUCUGAGGACUGUGAAUUUCGAGUCAUGAAUACAAUGACGGAACGCCAUGAAUCUGGUGAAAUGAAGAUGGGAGAUUCUGAUUCUGAAAGUGUGCCGGAUUUACCUGAACAAGUUACAGAGAGCCUCUCUGUUCACAGUGAGUCCUCCCAAAAAACGGAGGAAAUAAUUCUUGAGAAUAAUAUUUCAUGCGUUAAUCUUGUCACCACCACUACAAACAUUUCAGAUCAGAAAAGUGUGCAACGUGUACAGUCUGAGCAGACUCAGACUCAGAGUAUAGCAGAGCAGCAGAGUAGUAAGUUUGAAUCUUCUAAUGAAAGUAGGUCAGUUGAACCUGUUAGCGAGACAUUGGAGCUCGGUGCAAAUUUAAAUUUAAAUUCGGUUCCCAAGGUGCCUGUGUGCUCUGACAAAUGUGGGCCUCUGUACACAGAGGUGACUGACCCUAAUCUCGAACGCACAGAGUCAUUUAAACAAUGUGAGGCGUGCACACAGAGCAGUAGCACGGUACAAGUGGGAGCCUGCAUUGACGUGUCAGAAAGUGAAGUGCUGCUGGACGAGGCCUUUGAAAAGCCCUCCAAACGUGACCGUGAACCUGCCGCUGAGGUUUGCCAGUCUUUUGCGCAGAGCAUGCCAGCAGCUAACUGUGAAUUGGGUGAAAACCCCACACCCACUGACCUCGAAACCACAACUUGCAAGGUGGUGUGUGACACAUUUGUUGCAAAGCCAUCCGACAUGGGUGACACCUGUGAUCAGCCUGUGUCUAGCGAGGCGGCUCAAAGCCAUUCUUGUUCUUCCUCAGAGAGCCGUCAGCAAACUAAACUCUCCAACAAAAAAAUUACUCCAGAAGAGAUGCGUCUGAACGACACUUCGACAGAAGAAUCAGGUCAGCCGUCUGAGAGCUCUGUUCAGCGUUCCAAGACCGUUGAACAAUGUGAGUCGUCCAAACACUGCGAGUUGGCCAAACAAUGCGGCUCCCUUGACAGCUGUGCUAAAUACUCUCACGCUUCCAAAAUAAACAAGCCGUGCCAGCACCAUAACACUCACUGUGAACAGCUGAAAGAGCAGCAGAAGACGCGGCGUAGUAAGUCCGAGUCUGAUAUCUUACUCUACGGAUCAAUGGACGCUUUCGAGGCGUUGUGGAUCUCUCAGUUUGUAGUCAAACAAAAACGUGACACCCUGGAGCUACUGGAAGAAGAAUACGAAUGCUGUGAAAAUUGUGAUCUGUGCGAGCGUUUCUCUCAGCUCACGGAGGUGAGUGAAUGCAGACCGAAUACGGCUGUCAGCUGUGGUGGUGCAACACAACAGGAAGAUAAACUGCAGACUUGUGGUCAUUCGUCGGAGAGCAGCAACAGUGAAGUCUCUGUGCAUUGCCUUGCCUGUCAAGAGAGUGACACUACAAAACGCAGCACAGUGUCUUGUCACAAUAAAUCCUCGCAGCACAGGAGGUUGUCAGAGGGUUUUGUACAACCUCAAGUGGACAAUUUACAAAAAGUCUGCACUGAUGUCAAGUGUAAUGUACACCGGGCUCUUGAUGUCUUUCUUAAUCAGAAUGGACUUUUGCAAAUAAAUGGAGGUGAAAGCAGGAAUAUUAUUCGAUCUAAAAAACCUGACGUGGAGUCUUUGGAUGAAUCCAGUGAAGGAGAAGACUACCACCUUUGUAGAGAGAAAUCUCACGACAGUUCGGAAACUGAAGGAUCUUUUAAAACUUGCUCUGAUGGAAGUGAGUGCGAUGAAAUCUGUUCAGUGUCGUCGUUUGGCAACGACAAACCCCACACCGAGGAGGAGGAGGAGGUGGAGGUGGAGGAAAAUGUCCAGUUUGCCAACGAAUCUUUUGAGGUACGGCGCCCGGACAGCCCGGACAGCUUUGUUGCAGAGGACCGGGUGGAAGAAGCAGAAGCAGAGGAAGAAGAUGGACCAUGUGAAUGCAUUCUGGAAUGUGAGGCUCAGUCAUGUGACUACCUGUGGACUGAAGAACCGAGAAGAGGAAGUGCGGAACUUUUAGAUGGAGAGUUUUAUGAAGAACAGAGAGGAAAUGCAGAACUUUUAGAUGGAGAGCUCUAUGAGGAGGAGGAGGAGGAGGAUGAUGAGGCACAGGCGUGCUGCAUUGAAGGACUGUAUGUUGAGGAAGAUAGCAGCGAACCAGACUCCUCGGAAGGAGACUUGAGUAUUGAGUUAUGUGUGGAUGGAGGCAGCAGCACUGAAUCCUCUGAGCUGGGAACAGGUGAGGUUUAUGAGGAUGGCUCAGUGGAAACGACUCCAUCCGGGAGUGAACUUGAGGAACCGGCAGUUACACAGGAGGACAAAGUUUCACAAGUUUCCAUUGCACACGCACUGUACCAAAGCCAAACUGCAAAAUAUUUCCUGGAACGGCGGAAAUUGUCACAGGCACAGGCCUAUGGACACUAUGCAGGGGACGCGUGCCGGUUGGAUCUCAUAUUUGACCCCUGGACAGAAUUGGAGAUGACUAAAGAGAAGGAAGCUGCAGAGGCUGCUGCUGCUGCUGAGAAGGAGAAAGAAGAAGAGGAGGAGGAGAAGGAGAAAGAAGAAGAGGAGGAGGAGGAGGAGGAGGAAGUAGAGGAAGAGGAGGAGGAGGAGGAGGAUGAAAAGGAAGAGGAGCAAUGCCAGAAUGAUGAUGUCAAGGCUGCUACACUCAGCCCAAAUAACUGUGAAUGCUGUCUAAUUAUCCCUGAAAUCGUCCUCUCUGAGUCACCAGAUGAUGAAACAAAUGAUGAGGAGAUUGUGGACACUCUUGAGAAAAGUGAGGGCCUGCUCAGCUGCCCAGAGAUUCCUUAUGGCAUCGAGAUCUCCGAGACCCCCGAGCCUCUUUUCUUGGACUUUACGCCUGAUCAAGGAGAAGGGCUGUCAGAAUGUGUUGACAAAACCAAAAUGCCAGAGCCUAAACGCUCAGAGACACCUAAAGCAUCAUUGUCAUUGUCUGAUCUUAUUACCCAAGUGACAAAGUCCGAGAAGGAGGAUGAAACCAAAAUGCCAGAACCUAAACGCACAGAGACACCUAAAGCAUCAUUGUCAUUGUCUGAUCUUAUUACCCAACAGACAAAGCCCGAGAAGGAGAAGCGUGUUGACCACGUUAAGACCUCAGAGGAGCACAAUGUUGAAUCCACUGACCACUCUGAACAGUCUGAAACGAGUGAGUUCUUUAAGAGAAAAACUCCUGAACCAUCAGAAACCACGCAAGAGGAUGAGUCUGAGGAUGAUGAAGAAGAGGAGGAGGAGGAGGAGGAUACAGAGCCUUGUCAGUGCGAGUUCUGCGUUCCCACAGAGGAGGUCCCAGCCAAACCGCUGCUUCCUCAGAUUAAGUCUAAAGACGCGGGGAAGAUCUGUGUAGUCAUUGAUCUAGAUGAAACGCUAGUCCACAGUUCAUUCAAGCCGGUGAACAACGCUGAUUUUAUCAUUCCAGUCGAGAUUGAUGGGACGGUUCACCAGGUGUACGUGUUGAAGAGGCCCCACGUGGACGAAUUCCUGAAACGCAUGGGCGAACUGUUCGAGUGUGUGCUUUUCACUGCAAGCUUAGCGAAGUACGCGGAUCCCGUGUCGGACCUGCUGGACAAGUGGGGCGCCUUCCGGAGCCGGCUGUUUCGAGAAUCGUGCGUGUUCCACCGAGGGAACUACGUCAAGGACCUGAGCCGCCUGGGCCGAGACCUCAACAAGGUCAUCAUCAUCGACAACUCGCCAGCCUCCUACAUCUUCCACCCAGACAAUGCUGUGCCUGUGGCGUCCUGGUUCGACGACAUGGCCGACACCGAGCUGCUGGAUCUCAUCCCGUUCUUCGAGAGACUGAGUAAAGUGGACGACGUCUACGCUGUCCUGAAACAGCACUACAACAGGACUACUAGUUAGCCGCGGAGUUAGCUGGAGUGGCAGCUUUCGCCUCGGGGGCCAGGGAGGCCUGCAUGGGCAAUGGGGCCCCACGCUGCUUCCCAUGUUAAGGACCAGCCUGUCUCGGUCUGAAUCACUUUACCCAGAAUUCCAUUCACAGGACAUUGUCUAUUGGCUGAGAGAGAGUGUGCGAGAGAACGAGAGAGCGAGCGAGAGACGACAGCUGGAAGAGGCGUGGUAUUUGGUUAUUAUUAGAGAUGGAUCUGUGGGACUGCUUAAUUAUAAGAAAGGAAAACAAGAAACGUGAGAAUUGCAUCGAUCAUUUUUAACACUUGAAUGUGUGUUAUUCCUCGAUUUUUUUUUUUAGUUUUUUGUUUUUUUUUGUUUUAUUUUUUAGUUCCCAGACAAGGUAGAGGGACACCCAUUUAAAAGAACUGUAGAAAUGACUAUUUUACUAAGUUCCAGUCCUCACUGGAAUGAAGCUGGUGAAUAGUGUAGUUUGUAGUGGGACUUGCUUUUCCACAGGCUACUUGGGUGUUUAUCUCGAGUUAAACUACCCUCAUUCCCUCUCGAUUAAAUUGAGUUUAUCUCAGAAGCCCAAGUGAGGACGGAACAGCAACGGCAAUCAGCACGGUUUCUUUCUAUGCUGUCUCCCAACUUCACAGGUUAUUUUUGUAAAAUAAGCAAUAUUUAUUAUUAAUCUUUUUAUGACUCUUGACAUUUCUUUUUAGUCCUAUUUUUUGUCAAGAUCUUCUAAUACUGCCACAAUCAUUCUUUGUAGCAUUCGUAUCGACUGCAGAGAUUCAGUAAGUGCGUAUGGAUAUAAGAAAGGGAAUCUGGCCAGGUCCCCUCUGUAGUGCCAGCCCCUAUCGUCAGCUCCCCUCUCAUGGUUAAAAAAAAAGCAAAAAAAAGCAGUCGGCUGGAUUUGUGACGCACACACACACGUUUGCCUUAUAUCUUGCCUUAAAAGUACCCAUGUUUUUUAAUAUGGCAACAAAAUGAUCAGUCUGUAGCUACAGUUGAAGGUAGACCUUUUUGUAAUUAAAAAGAAAAUCCAAGAAUGUUAUUUGAGAUACAAAUAUAUUCUAUUAAUCAAAGCAGAAGGAUACUGGAAAAAUAAUACUAAUGAUCAUGCAUACUCUACAGGUGUUAAACGCAUUAACUUUUCGUCGUGUCAGGAAAUCAGAAAGUGUGGAGGCGCGUUAGCGUUAGCGUCCGUCUGUCACUCCUCACCUGAUCAGAGACAUGUGCCUGAAAGGAGAGGGGAUAAUGUUGCCGACGGGACGGGAUGGGAGACCUCCCCUAGGAGGAUAUAGCAAGUUUUGUCACCUCGCCGACUGGCUUCGUUCAGCUCCCCUCGUCUGUUUGCCUCGUCGGCUGUGGCCUCGGGGGGAGUCUACGUUGUCUGGUCGGGGGGCACAUCACAGGCCCGGGCGAGGUUUCUAUAUAUAUAUAAUGUAAACUUGUGUGAUUGAAAUCUGAUGCAAAGUCCCGCAAGUGCCAAUGCAAGACAGUGGGCAUGUGAGGAGGUUGGUCGAUUGGUUGUCCUGUGUGGGAUGCUGUUUGGAUGUGUUUGUACUUCUUUUGUUUGUUUUUUGAUGUCUGUUUGUUUGUUGAGUUGAGUGUUGGGGGUUAGAGCACAAAAAAAGAUAUUGGAUGGUUGUUUUAAAAAAAAAGAAAAAUGCUACAUUGUUUUUGUCCAUUUAUAAUUUUUGUAAAAUGUUUUAUUUUUAAUAGAUGUUAUGUUGACAACGCAGUGCCUUCAUGCUCAUAUUGCGAUGAUGCUAUUUGAUAAUGGUGAAGAGUAUCAUGAUGAUGAUGAUGAUGAUGAUAUCAGUACUGUGCCAAGGGGAAACGGUUUGUGAUCCAAUAUUGUCUUCAGCAGCAGCAGUUUUGAUUUCAUGUUCAGUUUCUUUUUUCGACAAGCGCAACGGCUUCCUCCAUUCUCUCCAGUACUUGAAUCUGACCAUUUAUCUGUCUUUUAAUUUCUCUUUCUCUCUCUGAAUCUUUCUUUCUGUCUCUCUCUCUCUAUUCUUUUAAUCUUUGACAUAGCAUUGAAUGUAAUAUGCUUACGUAUUUCAGCAACAAUCUAGGCCUUUUGUGUUGACGUCUCAAUAGGCACUUCUAGAGGGGUAGGACCUUCAACACUUAAUGUGCAACAAGAAAAUAGAUACUAUAAAUGGUACUCGUCAGAAUGAUUAAUUUGUGUACAUGGAAUUAAAAAAAGCUCCUGAUCCAAAAGUAAGAGGCUUAGGAGCUACUAUGUGUUGAUGUAGAACACUCGUUUGCCACAAAAGCCCAAACAGACUCCAGAUUGCUGUGGGUUACAAUUAUUAUUUUUCUCUCAGAGCAUAGAAUUCACUGUGUUUUUCACACUCUUAACUGAACUUCUCAGUUUCCAGAAUCUGCUUCAAUUCACACACACACACACACACACACACACACACACACACACACACACACACACACACACACACACACACACACACACACACACACACACACACACACACACACACACACACACACACACACACACAAUCUGUUAAUAUCAUGUUUGAUUUGUGGAUGACCAAAUCAUUCCCAAAGCACCUUCUUAUAAAGGAAAUAAAAUGAUGGAAUUGCCAUGCAGACGUAAGGCCUCUAGGGGCUUGCCUUAGCUGCUGAAAGGCCCCACGUCCGCCCCAUGUUUUAGCAUACAGCCCACCCCACAGCAGCCGCCUUUGCACUGUAUUUAAGGCGAUGGAUAGUGUGCAGUCGGCAGUACGUGGGUUACUGUGAUCCGCAUGAAAAGUGACAGGUGCCCAGCACGGUGUAGUCACUGCGUAAAUGCCUCGGCCCUUCUGGCCAGGUCUUUGCUGCGCACUUUCAUUUUCGGACAGAUAAAUAACGUGUGGGAUCAGUGUUUGUAUUCAUGAACAAAGUUUUUUUUGUUUGUUUGUUUGUUUUUGUGUUUAUUUUUCAUUCAUUCAGUUCUGUUAUUUACUCCUGUUGUCUCUCACAAGGCAGGGUGUAAAGUCCCCCAGGUUGAAUAAAUAUUCAAAUGUA